UCACCACCAAAGGAGGUGCCCCUUGGAAGACCACAUCAGUCCAGACCAAGAUGAGCGGUGGGGCUGGCGGCGGUGGAGGAGGAGGAAGCAGCAGCAGCAGCAGCCAUCCGACGCUGGAAUGGUCGGCGCUGCAGGACGUCUACUACCGCAAGUCGGACGUCUACCAACUGACAUGGGGCAUCGACGACCUGUCCGACUACAUUGUCGCCUCGGCCAAGAACGGCGGCUUUCUGGCGCUGGUGCGUGACCCCAACAAGCUCGUCUCGCUCGGCAGAGCAGCGCUGCUCAAGCCAAAGAUCCACAUCUACACGAGCGCAGGACAGCUCGUCGAGAGCAUACCCUGGGAGGCCUCGGAUAAGAUCGUGGCCAUCGGCUUCAACAGCCUCGAACAGCUCGCCGUCGUGCUCGACGAGGGCGUCGUCAGGCUCUAUACCCUUCUGUCACCGUGCCCCUCGCCACCCUCGUCAUCGGUACUGGCAACUUCUUCAGCAGCAGCAACAGCGGAUGGAACCGGCGGAGGAGGCGGCGCAGACGAUCUGUCUUCCUCGAGGCAGAGGCCGAUCGAGGCCACCUCGACGUGCUACUACGUCCAGUAUCCGCUCGGACAAGAGGCCCUGGACACGGGCAUCGUCGAGGCCAAGAUCUGGGAGCACGGCCUCGUGGCACUCACGGGAGGUGGCCUAUAUGUGCAGUGGCAGUUUCCCAAGCGGCGCUUCGACGACGAGCGCGGCCUCGAUGGCGAUCCCCGACACCUCGAGGCAGCCGACCUUCCCCACGUCCUGUCACCCCCAGAUGCGGCCAGCAAGACGCCAUUCUCCUGGCAUGUCCUGCCGCCGGACGUGUCGAGCUCGGGCCUCGUCGAGGUGCUCAUCUCGCCUGCGUCGUCCAACACCAUCCUCACCCUCGAGUCCGUGUCGGGCCUGACGGACAUGCGCCUCUCCCGUGGGCCCUUUCCUGCAAUUCGACCUUCGCCCAACGGCAAGCUCCUCGCCCUGCUCACCGCCGACAACAAGCUCUGGGUCGUCUCGUCGGACUUCCAGCGCAGUCUGUCCGAGUUUGACAUCACCAGCUGCCAGGGCUUCCAGGCGGCGCAGUCGGCACAGUCGGCGCAGUCGGCGGCAGGCAGCAGUAUCCAACAAGGCAUCAAGGGCACCGGCGUGCGCCAGGUCGAGUGGUGCGGCAACAACACCGUCGCGCUGGCGUGGGACAGCGAGGUGCUCAUGAUCGGGCCCUUUGGCGACUCGCUCCCGUACCCGUAUGCUGGUCCCAUCCACCUCAUCUCGGAGCUCGACGGCCUGCGCAUCGUCAGCGCCGACCGCCUCGAGUUUCUCCAAAAGGUCCCCGAGUGCUCGUCGCAGAUCUUUCUCCCUGGCUCGUCGCACGCCGCGGCGAUCCUCUUUGAGUCGUCGGAGCAGUUCAGCAAGAAGUCGGCCAAGGCAGACGAGGGCAUCCGCGCCAUCAAGGCGGACCUGGCCAUGGCCGUCGACACGUGCCUGGCAGCGGCCAGCUACGAGUGGAAGGCGGGCUGGCAGCAGCGCCUGCUGCGCGCCGCCUCGUUUGGCAAGGCCUUUCUCGACGUCUACGACCCCACCAACUUUGUCGAGACAGCCAGGACGCUGCGGGUGCUCAACGCGGCCCGGUGGAGCGACAUUGGGGUGCCCAUCACCUUUGAGCAGUACUCGCACAUGGGCCCCACGGCGCUCCUGGCCCGUCUGACGGCGAGGAACCACCACCUGCUGUGCCUGCGCAUCGCCUCGUUUCUUGAGCUGCGGCCCGACGCCAUCCUCAAGCACUGGGCACGCGCCAAGAUUGCACGGUCGAGGCCUGCCGUUGGCGCAUUGGCCCAUGCCGCCACGGGGGGCGCCGGCGCACGGCAGGACGACGAGAUCUGCGCGGCCAUUGUCAAGAAGUUUGAGAUGCAACCCGCGGCGAGCUUUGCAGAGAUUGCCAAGACGGCGUGGAACGCCGGCAGGGUCCGGCUCGCGACGAAGCUCCUCGACCACGAGCCGCGGGCCGUGGAUCAGGUGCCGCUGCUGCUGAGCAUGCGCGAGGACAAGCUGGCGCUCAUCAAGGCCAUGGAGUCUGGCGACACUGAUCUGGUCUACCACGUCGUCCUCAGGCUCAAGGCGCAGCUGUCUCGAGGCGACUUUUUCCGCAUCAUCCAGGCACCCGUCGCCGAUGCUUCGGCACCGGCCGGCGCCGACGGAUCCGCCGCUGACCGAGGAGGCCCCUCGCGAUCGAGCUACCUGUACCUAGCCUCGCGUCUCUUGGAGAGCUAUGCGCUCUCGCAGGACCGUGAGCUGCUCCGUGAUUUCUACUACCAGGACGACCGGCGGACAGAGAGCGCCGUGCUGUCGCUCCACGAGGCUGAGCUCGAGGGCGAGACGAGCGAGAAGGUCUUCAAGAUCAAGGAGGCCAUGCGCCUCUUUGGCGAGGACAAGGACCGCGGUCUCGAGUCAAAGCUGUGCGACGAGUAUGCCAAGCUCAUUGGGUUUCAGCUCGCGCUCGAAAAGGAAGACGGCGGCAGGUCUUCGUUUGUCGGGCUGAGCGUAAAUGAGACGAUGCGGCAGUGCCUGAUUAAGAACAUGGCAAAGAAGACAGACAAGCUCCGGAGCGACUUCAAGGUGCCCGACAAGCGCUUCUGGAGCAUCAAGGUGUCCAGCCUCGUCGCCACGAGGGACAUUGAGGGUCUCUGGGCGUUUGCUGCGUCUAAAAAGAGCCCCAUUGGGUAUACGCCCUUUGUCAGCGCUCUCGUCGAGCAGGGCUACAACAAGGCCGCGCUCGAGUAUGUCACAAAGUGCGCGAGCGACAAGGCAGACCGAGCCAAGCUGAGCGCCCUCAUCCAGCGACUUCCUGCUCAAGUGGGCCAGCCGCUGGCAGACAAGCUAGCUGAGCUGUAGAUACUCUCGCACCAUGCAGACGACGUGAAAUUGAGACUAGUAUUGCGAGA